UAUCCCGUCAAGCUCACAGUAUUUCAACGGGAUAGCGUUGUACGUGAACACUGACCAGGAAAGCGAACUCUCUGCCGAUGCAUGCCGCUAUAUAUGCAUGUUCAUACAGUCUGUGUCAAUGAUAUUAUGCACCUCUUUACCCGUUUUUAUUGGCGUUCUCUAAAAUGAGGUACAUGUAGUAGCAAGCUGAGUUUGUGCCCUUCAUUCAGCGAUGUUGACCUCAGCAUGGCGAUCAGAUGGCCGCCCAGAAACAGGUGUUUGUUUCUGCUCUUUGCGUUGCUCAACUCCUUGGCCUGCAUCGUCUUUAUGAUGCUGUUCUUUGACGCCGGCAAGAGUGGCGGGCUGUUUGAGUCAUCGGCGGAAGGUCUGAGCGAAGGCUCUGACAAGAACAGUAGGCAGCUGACCGGUGACAAUCGGAUGUUGUCGCCAGCGAGGAGGCAACCCGUGAACCGGCAGAACGAGAAGGAUUCGUUCCGGCGGAAAGGGCCGGAUGCGGUCUUGAAAGGUUAUCAGAACUUUCUAGGAAACAAGAGUGUCAAAUUUCAGUGCAAUCAAUGUGCAAUAGUCACCAGCUCGGGCCAGCUCCUGGGCACUGGCGCCGGCCGGGAAAUCGACAGCAACGACUGCGUCCUCCGCAUGAACAAUGCCCCCACCAAGGGCCACGAGGAGGACGUCGGGAGCCGGACCACCAUCCGCGUUGUCGGACACAUCAACUUCGGGAGGAUCUUCGGGGACGAUCCGGCCUUCGUAGAGGAGAUUUUCGUGAACGCUUCCACGAAGACGGACUCUGUUGUUAUUCACUGGUCGUAUCUGACGGACAUUGAUACACGACCACCAAAGGAGUAUGCGCUGGCCGUCAAGCUUGCCCAGACCCAUCCCAACGUCUCCUUCAACAUGUUCACGCCGCAGAAAAUGGUGUACGCUGAAGACCUCUUUUUGCACGAAACAGGGUUAAUCAGGUCUCGAGCCAAGACGUGGAUGUCCACGGGGUGGUACACGUUUCUCUUAGCCAUGGAUUCCUGCAAGCAGAUCAACGUUUACGGAAUGAUCUGGGGAGAUUACUGCACGGAGCAUCCUGACAAAGAAGUCCCUUACCACUACUACGGCCCCGCCUUCAAGGCUGAGUGCCGCUACUACCACGCCAGUGAGACCCGGCUGACCGGCGGUCACCUCUUCAUCAUGGAGAAGGCCGUCUUUGGCCGCUGGGCCUACGCCCACAACAUCCGCUUCCACUACCCGCUCUGGCCGGCCCGCAAGCUGCGACCGGACCAUUCGGGCUUGCUCACGCCGUUCAUGCUGCGUUACCAGGCCGCGCAGAACCGACUCUUCUCCAAACUGGCCUUCUGGAAGCUCUUCUUCCACUUUUCGGGUUUGUUCUAUCCACUGGUUCACUGAUGGCUGACUUAUAUCUGUUCUGGGCAAUUCCAGCUUUAUGUAAUAUCCGAGCCGGAGCUAAUUAACCAGGAUAUCUAAUUCAUAAACACCAAGACAGUUUACCCGUUCCUAAUUAGUCGAAAGCCCAUCUCUUGGCUGGUUUUAAACGGCUGAUAAAACACUGGCCGACUGGUUUUAAACACUUUUCCAGUGUCACAUGAAAUUUGGGCUUUUGCGAAAUCUGGUCCCUUUUCUGCUUUUAUUGUUUGAACAAUCACAAUCUUCACUUAGGCAUGCACAAUGACUUCGCAUUUCAUACAGUCCUAUAGAGUACAGAAGUGAAUACACGCGCACAACAUGUGUAUAAAGACAUUAGCACGCGAUUCAGCCCAUGAACCAACAUGCGCGCGUACUCCAUUCGUUUGCUCUACACUUUCUGGUUCUAAAUGACGUCAAACUUCGGUACUCUAUAGUCACACUACACAGGCACUGCUGCGUUCUGCGCCACGUCACAGAGUACCGGUACAUGUAUGCGUGUGCCAAUCUCCAUCUAAGGAGUUUUUUGGUACUACUGGCUAGAGGCACAUACCAUAACAUAGCAAGAGGGGUGUUACAUCAAAACAUCAAGUAAAAUUGUCAAGCAAAAUCGUUGGAAAUAUAUAAUUUUUGACUUGUUUUGAGUUUUUGACCCAAAGGUAUCUACGAAUGGGAAUAAAUAUGUGCUUGGCCAGUAUUAAACAAGUGCAAUGGUAUGUUUAAAACAGGCUUGGGGCGUGGUGGCCGAUAAUGUCCAGAGUCAAGCAGAUUUUUAUCCCCUUGAUUCAGAGAAAAGAUCCAAAACUCUAAAGCUCGGUUUAUACUUGAAUUUGACGUCAUGAAAGAUUCGCUGCGAAAUUCGCCCGAGUUGAAAUA